AUGUCAUCACUGGAUACAAUGGAUGACGCGUGGUCAUACUCGUAUCCGUCAUCCCUGGAUAGUUUACCUUUGCCUGAUAGUACAUCCUCCACAAAUGAUGUGAUUGCUCCAGGGUCUUCAAUACAAGAUGAAAACACGAAACCAGGUACCAAGGAUUCAAUAGUUACAGAACAACCCAAAGAGAUCAAACUGGAAUCGCCAAUUACUUUGCGCCGCAAUUCGUUGUUAGAAGAAAAGAAUAACUUUGCGGGUAGCUCAACAUCAAAACCAAUAGCUGUUCCACAAGCAGCACUUGUGCCUCAACAUAAAAACUCAUCAUUGAGUCUAUCACAAAGCAAUCCUACAAAGUCUGCUCCAGCUGAUCCCCAUACAACUAAACAUGAUGCAGAAGCUGUCCCAGGUGAUAAUAGCAGCUCGUCAAGCUUAAAUGCUCCAGCGUUAGACCUUGCUUUGAUUCAAAAUCAAUCACCACCAUCAACCCCUGUUCAAAAUGGUAAUUUUUUCAACAAUAUGUUUUCCACAAUGUCUUUCAAUAAAAAAGGUCAAAAUGGGAAAAAUUCAGAGACUGAGACACAUAAUGUCGAUGAGGACGGGAAUGUGGAUGUGACAAUAGGUUCUCAUUCAAGGACAAAGAGUAAUGCAACAUCUGUUAAAGAGUCACCAAGUAUGAUGAGCUAUAGAAAGAAAUCAAAAACAAGAAGAAGAAACACGAGUUCAAGCUCGAUGGAAAGCUUAAAAUCACCUUUGGUUGAAAGCGAGAAACCAACUUUAUCAACACAACAUGAAGAAGAAGAAACAUAUGACAAGAAUCUAUAUAUUAACGAUAAAUUUAAAGGUACAAAUUAUAGGUUUUCAACAGCUGCUAGAAAUACUAAUUUCCAUAAAUUAUUCAAGUCAAUACCAGAAGAUGAGAGACUUCUCGAUGAUUUUAGUUGUGCUUUGAGUCGUGAGAUUUUAUUACAAGGAAGGCUUUAUGUGUCUGAAAGAAAUAUCUGUUUUAAUUCGAAUCUGCUUGGGUGGGUUACAAAUCUUGUGAUUCCGUAUUCUGAUAUUAGAAAUUUUGAGAAAACUGCAACAGCUGGUCUGUUCCCAAAUGGUAUUGCAAUUCAGUUAACUAAUGGUCAUAAACAUUAUUUUGCGAGCUUUCUUUCAAGAGACUCCACAUAUACAUUGUUGUCAGAUAUCUGGGAUGCUUCAGAUGAUCAAAUCAAUAAUCUUGCAAAUGUCAAUACCAAUUCAUUUAGAAGUACAAGUAUAAAUGAUAGUGCUGAUGCCAAAGAGCUAUCUUUAGAUCUAGAGAAAUAUGAUAAAGAUGAAUACAAUGAUGCUUUGUUGUCAAUAGAUGGUGACACCCCUGCUGUGAAAAGAAUAUCAGACAGUGACUAUUUAUCAAGCUCUGCUGAAGAGGAUGAUGACGAUGGAUCUUCGUUGGGAUCUUCAGUUGGUGCAGCUAGUGAAUCUGGUAAGAUUAUUAGCUCAUCGCAACAAACUGUUUAUAAGCUCAAAGAUACUUCAGUCUAUGCCUAUACUGGAUUAGAAGGUCAUCAUGAAACCGUCUCAAAUUAUGAUUUUGCAAAGAAUAAUGAAACUAUAUUGUCUGAAGAAACAUUGAAAUGUCCACCCGGUCUGUUGUUCGAAAUUUUAUUUGGUCCGAAUAAUGAUUUGACGCUACAACUUUUAGGCGCUCAAGGUUCUAGUGAUUUUUCUCAGUUCUCAGAUUACGAGAAAAACAAUGAGGGUUUCAAGCAAAGAACUUACAAUUAUACCAAAGCUUUGAACUACUCUAUAGGGCCAAAAUCAACUAAAUGUUUAGUGGAGGAAAGAAUUGAGAAUCUUGAUUAUAAUGACUAUAUCAACGUUUUAUCAAUAACUAGAACACCUGAUGUUCCAAGUGGUAAUGCUUUUAGUGUCCAAACGAGAUAUUUAAUGACAUGGGGUCCUGAGAACACAACAAGGCUAGUUGUUGCAUUUAAAGUCGAUUGGACUGGAUCCAGUUGGGUCAAAGGUAUGAUUGAAAAAAGUUGUGCAAGUGGUCAAGAAGAAGCUACCAAAGUGUUCAUUCCAAUGCUAAGAAAGAUUGUUGAUGAAAAUGUUUAUGAAUCAACAGAGCAAGUUACAGUUGAAGAUGAUAUAAAGCCUGUUGCGGCUGCUAAACUACAAAAAGUUGAUACUGAUGCUAAGAGUGUACAUCUUGAAUCACAAGCAACCAUUCCAAAUCUGUCAGAAGUUACUUGGAUCCAAUUGACUUUUUUAGGGUUAUUACUAGCGAUCUUAGUUGUUCAAAUAGGGAUGUUCAAAUCGCUAGGGAAAAUUCCAGAGAAGACAUUCUCUUUUGGAUUACUAGAUGGUUUUGAUAAAUCUACUGGAGACUCUUUAGCUAGAGGAGAAGAAAUUUUACUAUGGAACUGGAUUGAUGAAAGAUCUGGUAACCUUGAUUUAUCUAAAAAUGAAAAAAUUGGAAUAAUAAAGAAUGAUAUUGAUCGAUUGGUUGAGAAAUGGGUCCAAAGGGAGACUAAAAGCAAAGAGACUAGAGAACUGGUUAAAUCAUUUGAAUUACAUUUGAAUGCUUAUACGAAAGAUGCAAUCAGCAAUAGUAAUGAGAAACGAGACAAAGAAAAAGCUUCUGCUUUGAAAGCUGCAAUUAAGGCACUUUUAUAG